AGGAACUCGACACGGUUUUUAAAAUGAGUCGAUAUUUUAAACACAACACAAUUUUGAUGUGUUUAUUUAUUUGAUCAUAAUUUAUUUUUGCAAUUAAAUGCAUUCGUUAUAUAUAACAACUUCCAUCUACAGAACAGUCUCCUAAACUAAAAUCACAGGGGGAACAGGAUUUCCUGGAAAUCAGAAAAAAACAAAGCGAAAGCUAUAAUCAUCAAGCAUAUAUAACUUCUUAUAAGCCUAUAGUGACUUUAAAGUAGGCAUUUAAUUGCAAACUAUCAAACAAAGAACGCGAAAUAUACCUUAUUUUGAUUUUUAAAAAAUUACACGACGCACGAGCGGCUCAAUGCAAAACAUUGCGGACAACGUCACGGUUUUACGCAUGCGCGCUAGAGGGGAAACAGGAGAACUGAACUGAAUUCUCCGGAACUAAGGCACCUGACAGCAUAAACACGCGAAAUAAAGUAAUGUAAAAAGCAGUAUUAGAUUUUGUGUUAUUAACCCACGAGGCGAAGGACUUCGAAAUGACCUAUAUUUCCACGCAAGAAAAGAAUGAGUCAUUCAGAAAGCAGACUAGUGCCACAGUGGCCAACUCUUCCUCUUGCUAUUAUUGAGGAAAUUCUUCUAAACCUGCCUGGCCAUCAAGUGAUUUGUGUGUGUCGCCUGGUGUGUUCUGAGUGGAAGUCGGUGGUGGACAGCAAUGCGUUUUGGAGAAAGCGAUGCCGUAGGGAAGGACUCAAGCCUCUCACUAUCCACAAAGUCCCAAGACAUUGGCAGAUGUUUUAUUUUCUAUGUAAAAUGAGACGGAAUCUUUUGAAGAACCCCAAUGCGGAUGAAUGUUUUGCUGGCUGGAAAAUCGAAGAAAAUGGAGGUCAUAGAUGGGUUAUAGAGAAUAUUCGUGUACCUCAUCCAGAUGAUAUUGUAACAAAAUGCUUUGUUACCUCUUUUGGGAAAUGCAUAAAGAGUCAGCUGAUCAACCUAGAGGAAGAAGGGUACAGUCCUGCAUUUAUGGAUGAAAUACAGCCUGACAUUGUGAUAUCUGAUUGGUAUGCUCCACGGUUUGACUGUGGCUGUGAAUAUCAAAUUCAAGUCGAGUUACUCAAUCACCGGAAGACGACUGUCCAGUCAUUUAAGCCAGAGCCUGUGUUUCUUCCUCAAUGGAAUGAUCAGAAAUGGGAAGAGAUGACAUAUACCUUUAAGGACUAUGGACCUGGUAUUCGAUUUAUCCGUUUUAAGCAUGGAGGGAAGGACACACAGUUCUGGGCUGGACAUUAUGGAAUAAGGGUUACGCACAGUAGUGUGGAAAUCUCCCCAUCAGCAUAACAUAGUAACAAUACAGAUGAUAUGUAAAAUGAUCGUGAUUAUUAAAGUGGUAGCUUAGUGGUUAAGGUGUUGGACUACUGAUUGGAAAGUUGUGAGUUCGAGCCCCAGGUACGCUAAGAAAUGAAAAUAAUGCUUUAAAGUCUAACACUCACAGACAUUACUCCACUCUUUGUGAAUAAACCUACCAUAUUUAAUUUACCAUAAGUAUCUGCUCCCCCUAGAUGAAGCAGCAUUUGACUAGAUAUGAAAUUAGCAAUGAGCAGCGAUAAUGUAUGUAUUUCAUAGAUAUUUAAGUUUUCAUUCUGUAUAAUGUACACAGAUUUGUUUAUUUGCAUGAUUUGUAUGCUAUAUAUAUAUGUGUGUGUGUGUAUAAAUGGUUUUUUUUUUAAGUUAUUGUUUUUCUUUUCCCUGUUUCUGCACCGUAGGACUGAGAAAUUUCUAUUUAGAAAUUUCAAUCCUGUGUAUGUCCUAUAUAUAUAUAGCAGUAUUGACAAUAAAGCUGACACUGACUCUGA